AUGAAGCUGUUCAGGAAAGAAGACGGUGGAUGGUAUGGUUGGAUGGUUGUCUUUGCCAGUUUUCUCAGCAAAUGUGUGAUUGUAGGAUCUUCCGGGAUCGGCAUGGGUGUUUUCCUAGUUGCGUUUUUGGAAUAUUUUGGAGAAGGCACGGGAAAAACCGCUCUAUUCCAAGCUCUUUCAACUGCCAUGAUGACACUUCCAAGUCCUUUGGUCAGCAUUUUGAAUAAUAGAUUUGGGACUCGACCUUUGGUCAUUAUCGGCGGAGUGAUAUCCAGUGUUGCUAUAUUUCUAAGCUCAUUUGCAAACAGUAUUAAUGUUUUAUUGUUAACAUUCUGUGUUACAGGAAUGGCAUUUUCACUUACCUGUGGUCCAAGUAUUGUGAUUGUAGGACAAUAUUGUCACAAACGACACGCCCUAGCCAAUGGUAUCGUGUAUGCAGGUAAUUCUGUUGGCAUGAUGGUGUUUCCCCCUCUACACCACAAGUUAAUCGAGACGUAUGGGUGGAGAGGUGCAAUGAUUGUGAUGGCAGGAAUCAAUCUGAAUGUGGUUGUAUGCGGGAUGUUAAUGAGACCGCCACUUAAAGUACACAUUAGGAUAGAUGAGGACAACCUGACUAAGAAUACAAAAGAUGACACUAAUAUAACCAGUGAGCACGUGCUGUUAGGAGUGGAGUCUGAUCCAGAUGAAAAAUACAACGAAGAAUCCACCUGCUACAAAACUAGACAAUAUAGUGAUAGCCAGAUAAAUACAGAAUAUAUAGACAGUGGUGUUAUGGAAAAACCAAUGUCACUGAGAAGGAAAGUCAGUGAACAUCUUGGAACACAUUUAUUCACAAACAACUGGUUUUGCACAUUGUCCAUAUGUAUAUUGAUUACAAAUAUGGGUAAACUUGCCAUUUUUGUUCAUUUCGUGAACAAAGCCGUGACUUCUGGCAUCCCAGUACGCGAGGCUUCCUUUUUAAUGACCGUUUUAGGGAUUGGUUCAUUGAUCGGAAGAAUCACACAUGGUUGGUUUGUCGACUUAGGUUACCACUCACCAAUGUUUUUUGCUGCAUGUGCAGCAACUGUGGCUGGAACAUCAGCGGCUUUGGUUGCCAUUGCCAAUGGCAACUAUGCAGUGCAUGUCUUCAUAGCUGCAUUAUAUGGCGUCUCAAGUGGUAUUCAUUCACCACUUAAUGGGCCAGUCUCUUUGAAAAUCUGUGUUGGAGUUCAACAUUUAUCAAGUGCAUUCGGGUGGUAUUUAUUCUAUGCUGGCAUUGGAAAUCUAUGUGGGCCACCACUUGCAGACUCAAAGGUCCAUAGAGAAAUUACAACAGAAAUAACAUUAUUUAUAAAGAAGGCGUCUAUAAUUGCGCCAAAAACUAGACCUUAG